AUGAGGAUCAAAUCAGGUCCAUGGGGAGGCUUAUAUCGACGUCUGGCGACGGCAGCGACGGCUACCAGACGACCCAGGGAAGAAGGCACGAUUGCAUCGGUGUUCACAACGCUUACCAAUGAAGCGGAGGCUGCGUUACCUGAGCGCUUCGUGGAGUUGAAGAGGCAGAUAUGGCGUGACGAUCUUAGGCAAAGCUGGCAGGAGGUUUUGAGUGAGCUCGGUCCUGCUGUAGAAGAGAUUGAGGCGCGUGGCGGGGCGAUCAUCCCUAAGGUUGCCUAUAAGGAUCUCCAAAGCGGGCUUUCGGCCGCAACAGUCGAAGAGAUUAAGAAGAGGGGUGCUGUGAUAGUCACUGGCGGUGUGCCACAAGAUGAAGCUCUCAAGUGGAAGCAGGACAUCAAGGAUUAUGCUGCCGCCAAUUCACAGCACGUCCGAGGCUUUCCUCCCAACGACAUUCAAGUAUUCGAGAUUUAUAACUCCAAGAGUCAAAUCCGAGCCCGAACCCAUCCCGCGCUGCUCGAGACGCAGAAAUUUCUUCUUUCUCUGUGGCACACCUCUGAUCCCAGCAGCGAAAUAAGCCUGACCACGCCUAUCUCAUACUUCGACAGACUGCGCAUCAGACAUCCUGGCGAUAGCAAGUUCACCCUUGGACCCCACGUUGAUGGCGGCUCCGUUGAGCGGUGGGAAGACCCUAUGCUAAGAAGCUGCUUUGGCCGUAUCCUUCAAGGCGGGAGCCAAUGGCGAAAGCACGAUCCUUUUGACGCAAGCCCGCGAAUCCAUGCUAAGCAGGAUCUCUAUCAAACGCCGAAUCAAUGCACGGUUUUCCGUCCGUGGCAAGGGUGGACCGCUCUUUCAUCCACCCGUGCUGGCGAAGGCACGUUGCGAGUACUCCCAAUGCUGUCCUUGGCGACAGCAUAUUUAAUGUUGCGGCCGUUCUUCCGCCCUCGUCUGCUCGCCUCUCCCGCCUCGCUUGAUCCUGCAGACUGGGAGCCCGAUCUCGACAGCCCUGCGUUCCCCGGAAACGUCAUUGGGAAGACACAAGAAGCGAAAGAACAUCUUCAUCCGCACCUGCAGUUGCAACGCAGCAUGGUCUCGAUUCCUCAAGUGCAACCAGGUGAUCAAGUUUAUUGGCACUGUGACUUGAUUCACGCCGUUGAACCACAACACCGUGGAACAGGGGACUCCUCCGUGCUCUACAUCCCUGCCGUACCCCUGACGGUGAACAACGCCAGCUACCUUCGCGACCAAAGGAUCAAUUUCUUGUCUGGCCUUCCACCCCCGGACUUUCCGGGCGGUGAAGGCGAAUUGCAUUUCACUGGACGAGGGAGUGCGGACGACGUGACGUCUGCCACCGCUCGUGAAGUGUUAGGUUUCGAACCCUUCCAUGGUAUCCAAUUCGCUGCAAAGGUGAACGAAGCUCUGCGAGAUUGA